AUGACACAAACGCUACUACCGCCGCUGCAAGCCAAAGCUGCUAUCAUUGGAGAUAAUGUCAUUGUAGGUCACACUGUUGUGUUACAAGGAUGUAUUGUUGAGGAUGAGGCAUUCAUUGGAAUGGGCGUGACCUUACUUGAUGGUGUGUAUGUUGAGAAACAUGUCAUGGUUGUUGCUGGAGCUCUUGUCAAGCAGCAUACCAGGAUCCCCUGUGGAGAGGUUGAGGAGGCUCAUGCUGCUGAAAAUGCAAAACCACUGGACGAGAUUGAAACUGUGAAAGUUCUUGGCAAGAAGGUUGCUCGUCCUGGAGAUGGUUCAGUACUCGGCGCUGUUCAAGACACACCUCCAGAGAUUAACCUCCCUAAAUAA